AUGCGAGUCUCCCGAGUGGUUCGCGCGGCACAGCAAAGGUGGGGUGUGAUCUUCGAUAUCGACGGCGUGCUCAUCCAAGGCUACAAGCCCAUCCCGCGUGCUGCCGAGGCGCUCCGGGCCCUGGAUGAUGCACGCGUGCCCUAUGCAUUUAUGACGAAUGGAGGUGGAGUCCUUGAGGCCCAGAAAGCCGCUGACCUGGCAGCCCGGCUGGGGCGUUCGGAGCCCUUCGGAGCCAACAGGAUGCUUCUCAGCCACACGCCAUUCCGAGCCCUGGCAGAUCGUUUCCAAGACCGCCGGGUACUGAUCGUCGGCGCAAGCCGCACGGCCGAGGUGGCUGCCAGCUACGGCUUCGACUUCACUUCCGGUCUGGCG